AUGGUGACCAGAGAGAAUGAAAGCAUUUCAAGUGUUGUGUAUAGAACCUUUAACGAGUUUCAAGAGUUUCAUAGUAAAUUGCGUCAGCUAUUUCCAACUGUAAGGUUUUACAACUUGAGUGGUAGUUCAGCCAUGAGAACAAAUACCAAAGAAGUUGCUUUCCAAAGGAAAAUAAUGCUUCAAACGUUCUUGCAGAAUCUAUACUCAUUAGACGAAGAAAUAUCUCACAGUAACAUAGUGUACACGUUUUUCCAUAAUCUGCACAGAGAUAAUGUUCAGAGAAAUGAUAACGUGCAAUCAAGCUCUGGACGUCAGGAAUGUCAAAUCAAUUUGACAAUCAAAUUCCUGAAUCAGACUCAUCAGCUCAGCGUUUUUGUCGGCCAUGUUAAAUAUUUGUCGACUAAUGGUGUUGGCGGGUUGCCUGAUACGUAUGUUAAAACAUAUAUAACAUCGGAUGUGGAUAAGGCUAGCACAAAAAGAAAGACAGGCAUUUCUAAAGGAACUCUCAAUCCAACAUUUAAUGAAGAACUUCUCUACGACAUGAGCAUGGAGUUUCCACACGUACUUGAAUCGAAGCAACUAGAAGUUUCAAUAUGGAACAGUGGAGGUUUAUUCGACAACCAUCGUCUGUACGAAACGUUCAUACCAUUGAAACGCUUGUUCAUUUCUAAGCCUGAUAGACAUG